UGGUGCGACCAGCAGCAGCACACGAAUCAUAUGAUACGAGGAAAUAUAUCGUCCAUAGUUCAGUUCUUGGUAGCUUGUUAGAUUGGGGAGUGUUUGUUGUUGUUACUUAAAAUUGCCUGGAAUUAAUUAACUAUUUAUUCCUUGGGGGAGUUUCCAGGUAGUUGUAUUAUUAUCCAAGGUUAGGGCUAGAAAAAUGGCAAAGUCCACCUCCACCACCAAGUCGACGGGGGGAAUUGCUUGUGUUCGAGUUACACUGGUGGCGUUUAAUCUCAUCACGUUGCUGGCAGGUGUUGCAAUGCUGGCGAUUGGUUUACUGCUGUUUUUUGCAAGUCAUGUGGAAAGUUCGAGCCUGGAUGUUUUGGAAAACGUCGCCACGGAGGAGACAAUCCUUCCGAAUAACAGAGAAUUCAAGGGAUUGAGCAUUGUUCUCAUUUGUUUGGGAACGCUGGUGUCAUUUGUCAGUUUUCUGGGAUGUUUUGGUGCCUGUAUUAAUGGGAAAUGCCUCCUCGUGACGUAUUUGAUCUGCGUGGCCGUGAUAUUAUCUCUGCAAUUUCUCGUAUCAGUAUUCGCAAUUGUGUAUCGCCAACCGAUGAGCCGAACUUUGAGAGAAGAGCUGAUGCAGUACAUUCGGCAAGAAUAUCGCCCAAAUACCGAAGUAGCAAGGACCUGGGAAGUUAUGCAUCAAAUGUUUGGUUGCUGUGGGGUGGACGGAUUCUCUGAUUGGUUUGAAAUUGAUGCAUGGCCAGCCGAGAAAUGGGUGCCCGAUAGCUGUUGCAUUGAAAGCGCAAACAUGACUGGCUGUGGUCAAGUUCUAGAUCCAAAUCUAUGGAAUAGACAGGGAUGUCUCGGAAGCCUUCAAUUGGUGAUGAUGGAAAAACUGCAUUAUUUAGCAAGUGCUAUAGUCACCCUCGUGUUUUUGCAGUUGUAUGGAAUUAUUGCCUCUACACUUCUUUUCUAUCAUGCCAAAGAAGAAAAAAACCCUUCAAGCUACAAGACAUACUCAUAUGAGCUUGCCAGACGAUCAAAGUAAAUCCCAAAAAAAACUUCAUUAAAACACAACCCAAGUGCCAUACGUACCGUUAUUAAUAUUAUCAUCAGCCUGUUCAUUUACAUGUAUGCUGCUCCAGGUUUGUGCAUAGGCUGAAUCGAUAAUCGAUAUACAAAACCUCCACUUAUUGAAAAUGUUCAUGAUUACUGUACAAAUGCCAGACUUAUAUAUAUUGAGCUUUCCUCGAUUCAUGUAUAGCGUUCGUUAGCUAAAUUCUUGACGCAUGUUCUUUGUAUCAAAUAUUUAGUAGAUUAUAUAUGGAAAACGACGGAUGGCAGCUAUAUCAGACAUAUGUCGAUAAUGUUCAAUCAUAAUAAUACACUAUUAGUUGUUUAGCCAUAUACUUCCGCCUCUCUUUCUAAUGUCUCCGAUAUCGAUAUUUGCGAUGUUUCGUUUACUACAUUCCUAUUAUUUAUUUGUGAGGUAGACGAGUAUGUAUUACCAGGAAUCUGAUGUUAUCAAUUUAUGAUGCCUGUUCGUUAAAUUGUGAAUGUUUCUUGUUAAAUUUUCAUCAAGCUAUUAAUUUUCUUAGCAAAUUACUGAUAUGUCGCAUAGUUGGCAAAAGUGCCGUCUUUUCCAUAAUACAUAUUCGAAUUAAUGUUAAUUAAUUAUGUACGAUUUGUCAACCCGACGUUCUACUCAUUCACACCGAACCGUUACCAAAGUUUAUCAGUGCUAUUGUGCUUAUAAUACAUACUUUAACAGAACAUGUAAACAUAUAGCCUUAAAUAUGUGUACCCUCAAUUGCAAGUGAUAUUAAUGAUCUGUAAACCACAGUUACGUCUGAAUCUGAAAUAUGAAAUCUCGUUCUUUCCAAUAUACUUCCCGAAUGUGCCAUAAUAUUGUGUAUGCCGUAUAACCCGUAUACUUAUUCUCAGCUAUAUAUGUACUUACGUAUUAUGUAAUUAACUCGCAUCUUAGAUCUGGGCAAUGUUACGUUAAAUUUGUCAUCAUAUAUAUGUAAUUUAUUAUUAAUUGUUACACCAGCAAAGUAUUAAAAACCAUUCAAAUUAUUGAACACGU